GCAUCCUACUUAGUGCACUAGAUGCUUGAUUUGGGAGCGAACCGCAGGUGGAUGUUUCGGAGGGGAUUUUGAAAAGCUUUCACACGGUGCUUGUUUAUGGAGGCUUUGUUCAGUAACUUGAACGUUGUCGUCCGGGUUAAACGUUUAAAACCGUGUUUUAUUUAUUUCUCAUUUCAAAAUUAAGCGUUCUUGUUAAAGGUGAAUUGGUGUAAUGCAGCGUCUGUUAGCAGUGUGUGAGCCACUGGGGACUCUCAUGCCUGGCCCCCGUCCACUGGAAGGGAAGUCCUUUUACCUGGAUGAGUUGAAGAGUAACUCGACCAUUGUCCUCACCAAACUCAUUAUUCGCCUCGGAGGGAAUGUGGAGAGUUUUCUCUAUAAGGAUGUGAAUGUCGUCAUCACGGGAAACCGGGACACCCUGAGAACCAUCACAGCCUCAUCAGGAAAGGUCAAAGGUCACAAUUCUCCUCAUGAGCAGAGAGAGAGCAGGAAUGAUGUGGCCCAGCGCCCGGGAACCCCGUUGAGAGCACCGGUGUGCGGCAGCCGAGGAAAAGCCUUGUUGGAGAAAGCCAUCCGCAAUAACGAGCAGUCUCGGGGUGGUGUGUUGUCCAGCGCUGCCCGUUACUGGGGAGUGAAAAUCGUCUCUGUAGAACAGUUUAUGAAGGUUGUAGAGGAUCUGAGUUCACAACACUCCACUCACACACACCGUAAGAGAGAGGUAAGAGAGGACAAGAAUUCAAGCUUGUGUAUCAUCAAAGCUGGCAGUCUUAAGGUGGAGUUUGUGAAGGUGGAGGACUCAAGCAGGAAGUACAGGCCAUUGCAUUGCCAGUCUCUGGAUUUCCCCAUGCUGAGCUACACCAGAAGAUUCAGUCCUUUUGAGAAUCCUGCUCCAGUGCAGCUUUUAAAGACGAGAGAAGAUGGGCUGAGCAAGGAUAAAUUUGGAAAAAAUGAAGAGACCAUCAGUAGCCAUGAUAAACUAUCAGCAGCUCCUUCCCCUAAAAUGUCUCACAAAAAGAAGAACCUGGGUUACUGCGAGUGCUGCCAGAGAAAGUAUAGUGACCAGGAUGAGCACUUGCGGUCAGAUGUUCAUCUGCGCUUUGUGGAGGACUUUAAUAACUAUGCUGUGGUGGACCAGCUGAUGUCUGCCAUGGCUGACGUUUUCUCAGGAUGUAAAGACCCGCAGGUUGAUGCACUAAUGAUGAGGUUCUCAAGUGGCUCUGUAGCUCUGCCUUCUGAAAUAGAGCUGCAGUGUAAAAGUGAAAUGGAAACCUGUCUGACAAAUCAAGAGGUAGGACCUGCGAGCCAUGUGCAAGUCCAACAGGAACGUAUCUGUGACUCCUCAGUUCAACUUCAGGAGCCCUGUGCAGAUGCUCCUCCUUUUACUUCCUUGGAAACCAAGUUUGUGGACGAAAAACGAGACUCCUCAAACUCUGAAACCAACAUUCCCAGUCCUCGCCAACAGCAUGAUUUUAUUUUAGACAGUAAACCUGUAGAGUUCACGACACCUUCUCCAAGAUUGGUACAGGUAGCAGAUAGUCAUAAACCAAGUACUCUACAGGAGCCUGCAGAAAUCUCUCAGAGACAUUUACCUAGCCUAGAAACAUUGCUGAAUGAUGACAAUGAUUCAGCAACUUGUUUAAAAAGUCCCAAAAAGCAUCAGGAAGAUACUGUGAAUGAUUUACCACCAUGUUCAUGGUUAAUGGAAAGGGAACAGACACACAUGGUAGAAACCACCUCUUGUUCCCCAUCUUUUCAUUCCCUGCCCCAAUCAUUGUCCACAAGGAUUUCAGAUGGUGAGAACCCCAGGAAGCGCAGCAGAUCCUUCACCCUCAGCCCAAAGGCCUCAAAGGUGAGGCGGACUUCCCUUCGGUCUGAGCCAACCAACCAGAAUAGUGGUGUCGAUGUGAGAUUUCAUCACUUGGCGCAAAGCGGGAUUAACAGACACACAGAGGCUAAUGACGUUACUCAAUGUAAGCGUGAAACGGCGGAGCAGCAUCCUUCAUUGAACGCUUCCCUCAAUGUGCCAACUCCAGAGGAUGAUCAACAGGAAGAAUUGGUGUGUCAGAUAUACCUAAACAAUAAAGAUGCAUCAUCUGAGCUUGGUCCUCCUCAGCUCUACCCUUUCUUCCAGGAUGAUGUCUACCAAAAUCAACCAUUUCUGGAGCCUCCUAAGCUUGUUCCUAGUAUCCCCUUCCCUUCUACAAAUAAGACCUCCAGCAAUUCUCACCUGUCUCAGUCCUUCUCCUCCAUCUGCAUUGAGUCUGCACUUGUCCCGGACACUUUCUCCCCUGCUUCUUCGGAAUCGGAUUGGGAUUCUGGCCUCCUGUCGCUGUUAGCACCACAAGUUCACCGGCAGCCUAAAGUGGAUCGUUGUGAGCUGGACUUGGGUCUGCUUCUGCAGAGUCCUUGCUCCGGAAUGCAGGACGGAAGCUAUGCGUCACGUCUGUGUUCUGUGUUGCAGCCCACUGCUUCAUCAUCACACACUGUUUUUGGCGAUCCAAAUACCAUCUAUAGACCGAUCAAGACGAUGGACAGAAGGAUAAUUCAGAGCCUGGGAGUGUAGUAGCACGCAAGAGACCACAAAUCUAGCCAUUUCUUGCUAAAAGUGAUCUGUGAGCUUAUAACAUCAACUGAUGCUAAGAUUGUUUACGUAUAGGUUCUGUUUUGCAUAAACUAACCUCAUUGGGAUUGGAUUAGUCUGGACUGGGAGAACCUGUAUUAUGAGCUCACCUUUUUAUGAUUUUGCAGUGUAGUGAAGUCUGUAUAAUGAAAGAUGGGCGUUCUUCAAGAAUCACAAGGGAUAGGAAACGGAAACCAUUUUGCCAAGAGCGCAAUAAUAACCUACAUCCGAAGUGGGUUCUUGUUAAUGAAUUUUUAGAGCUGCAGAACUUGGGUCAUGUUAAACUCUCCAGGUCACAUAACAUGGCUAGGUUCACUAGAUUUAUUUUCUAGCUUCACGGCCUGCUUUGUAAGCAACCACCAAACCAAAGGUUCUUGACAGUUGAAGGUAUCUAGAGUACUCCCAUCUUGCUCUAGCUAGGUUUGGCUCACAUGGUGUUGGCCAGUCAAGUGUAGUGACCUCCUCAAAGCAUUUAUAAUCAAGAGCAUUAUCAUGUUAGCUACUGCAACAUCAACGAAUAAGCUAAUCUGUAGUCAUUAUUGAGCAAUUAGUGUCAAAUAGAGAAACCAACAGUUCAGGAAUAUAUUCCUGACUUUUUUGGAAAGCAUGCAGAAGCUUUUGUUCUUGUCUUUUCAUAAGCAGAGUGCUCUCAUUGCGUAUUUAAUGAAGUGCCGCUGCAGGGGGUGCCAGGCAGUUAGUGCAAGUGCUGUGUCUGGAUGAGUUCCUGCUAACACAGUUGGGGAUAAAGUGUCGCGUGAGUGCUGGACACAUGGACUCUAAUAAGACAGGCUGAAUGAACAGGUGAACUUGUCAGUUAUGUAAAUCUACUGAAGGACAGAGCGGAACAGACAUUUCAGGUGAUUGGUUAAUGAGUCGGCGUAAAGCACAGGAUGUUUUUUCCUAGAAUGUUGAGAAUCUACACAGACUCACUUCUAAAAAUCCUUUAUUGCUGUUAAUCAAAAAUUAUUUUAAUUUAACUCAUUAAUGAGAGGUUUGCACCAAAGGCUUUGGAAACACUAGUUUUAGUGUUUGGCAGUUUAUUCUCUCCAGGCGUGAAAGAGAGUUUGCCAAAUCUUGAGCGUUUUUGAACUUAAAAGUGAAAUGUUCAUUUUAUUAUAAGUCUAUCACACUGAAUUUCACAGUCACGUGACUAAUCAUACACAUUGAAUUUCUCAAAAAUAAUCCAUCCUGAACAAGCUGAAAAAAAUCCUUGUACGUCAGAACACAUCCAUCAUGUUUCUGGAUUUUUAUUCAAAAUUUUUGUUUUUAUUGAUUUUUAAGAUUUUGUUCAGCUGCCAUGUCAUGCCAUGUUUUUAGGAUUUUUCGAAAUUAAACCUGUGACAAAACAUGGGUUGAAUAAAAAAUUGCUGCCUAGAA